AAACCUGAUGCGUGGGGAGCUUAUUUGGGUUGUUGUCGCCAACUUCAUCCCUUGAAUCUCAUCCCCAUAUUCUCGAGGUUAUCAAAUCCUAUCAUAAUAUCUUUGCUCCUCCCUUAUCAUCUGUAUACGUGCGUGUCCAACAGUCAAGAUGUCAUUUUCAAGCCUAGUCUCACCAGGUCCCUACCAUAUUAUCAGCUAUGGCACCUUGCUUGGGACAACAUUCUUCCAUUCGUUCGUGGGCGGCAUCAUUGCCUUCCAGGUCCUUCCCCGCCCGCAAUUCUCCGCGCUCAUGACCAAGAUCUUCCCCGUCUACUUCUCCAUCCAAACCGCCAUCCCCGUCGUUCUCGCCCUGACCUACCCCGCGGCUACCUCCGCAUUCGGAUCCUCUGGAGCAGCUGGGAUCGCCGGCGUUCUGGACCCGGAUAAUAGGUGGUCUGUUCUGGCCCCCAUUGCUACCAUCUUCUUUACCGGCCUGGCCAACCUUGCUGUGAUUGGGCCCGCUACUACCAAGUGUAUGAAGGAGAGGAAGAAUCAAGAAACCAAGGACGGCAAGAAGAGCUAUGAUGCUCCCCCACACUCUCAGGAGAUGACUGCGCUGAACAAGCGCUUCUCACAGCUCCACGGCAUUUCAUCGCUCCUUAACUUGGGCAACUUCAUCGCUACUGUCGUGUAUGGCUUCGCAUUGGCUUCACGUCUUGACUAGAGGAGGACAUUAAUGCACAGGUGUGUUCAUGUUUGUUCAAGUUUGUACAAGGGCUACCGAGGCACAUCCAUUUCCCUGCUGUCUAUCUGUUGGAUCGCGCAAAGCAUGAUUGCAAGCCAUAUAUCCACCCCAUUCCCCCUCAGUACCAAAUUAUAUAGGUUUGCCUUCUCCAUUCCUUUUCCCUUUGCUUUUCACUCGUCUUCAAUAAUGCAUACAAAAUCCUCUCUGCAUCAGUUUCUUAUCCCUUCUGACCUUUCUCGGCUCCGUGGUUGACAAAGGACCAAUAAAAACACUCCAUUAACGCCGCCGCCGCCUGUUCCGUGAGGAACUUGAUAACCCGCGUUUUU